UGGGGGAAGCACUUGGGGUGGAUGCGCUGCCGAGGGCUGGUGCAAGAGAGGGGUCAGUGUCGGGCCUUUGGCCUGUGCGGCUAACUAACCCGGCUGACGGUUCGAGGGGACCGCAGGGAUCACCUUUCUCUGCCACGACCACCUCUGCAUCUCGGGAGCAACCAGCAUCCUCCUCCUCUCCCUCGUUUCCUUACUUCCUCCGGGCUGGGGUUCUCGGUUCGUUCCCUCUCCUCGCGUGAGGUCCAGCCAUGUCCGGGCUGCUGGGGAAGUUGUUCGGGAUCGGCCCGGGGGAGAAAGGCGGCGGGAAGGGCCCUUCUCCCCAGGAGGCCAUCCAGAGGCUUAAAGAGACCGAGGACAUGCUGGGUAAAAAACAGGAGUUCCUGGAAGAGAAGAUCAAGCAGGAGCUGUUGGCGGCCCGCAAACACGGCACCAAGAAUAAGCGCGCUGCCCUCCAAGCUCUAAAACGAAAGAAGAGAUAUGAAAAGCAACUUGCUCAAAUUGAUGGCACACUCUCCACAAUUGAAUUCCAGAGGGAAGCCUUGGAAAAUGCUAAUACCAACACUGAAGUGCUCAAGAAUAUGGGUUUUGCUGCAAAAGCAAUGAAAGCUGCUCAUGAUAACAUGGAUAUUGACAAAGUAGAUGAACUCAUGCAAGAUAUUGCAGAACAGCAAGAAUUAGCUGAUGAAAUUUCAACCGCUAUCUCCAAGCCUGUAGGAAUUGGUGAAGAAUUUGAUGACGAUGAGCUGAUGGCUGAAUUAGAAGAACUAGAGCAGGAAGAACUGGAUAAAAACCUAUUGGAAAUCAGUGGUCCGGAGAAUGUUCCACUACCCAACGUGCCCUCUAUAGCUAUACCUUCAAAGCCUGCUAAGAAAAAAGAAGAGGAAGAGGAUGAUGACAUGAAAGAGCUUGAAGCCUGGGCUGAAAACAUGUAACUGUACUAGCAGUGAACUGGAUAAAUAAUUGGGACUGGUCACCUGUUGCUAAAGGUGCACAUAUACUUGGGAGACUUCAUUAAGUGCAAAGUCGUUUAUUUCUUUAAGCCCCAAACUAGGAAUUCUACAGAGCAUGGUUUGAACAAAAUAAACAAAAGUGUCCAAGGAGGGCACCUGUAUUUAUACAAUGUUGAAUUCCUUUAAAUAAUAAAUAUUAUUGGCCAAACACUCCAAUAUUCAGCUUCUGGACUUAGCUAAUGCCAUUGCUGGAUCCUCAUCUUUCAGAAUUCUGACUAUGUUGAGACCUGGGAUGUGAAAGUGGUAACUUAAGUUGAAUGAAAUUUUUAGAAGUCUUGUAAAGCAUUACAAAAUGAAAACCCAUAAGCCAUUAUUGGUUUACUGUGUUUAGAUGUACAAUUGCAUUAAGCUUUUAGUACUUUAAAGUCUGUAUUUAUAUUGGCAACACUGAAAUGCCUCUCAUCAUGAUACUAAACUUGGUCACUUGGUGAAGUGGGUUUGGAAUGAUAAAUUAUUUUGUUAUGGAAAUAAAUUAAAUUUACACUUCUGUUCUAGCUGUACACUUUUCUAUAUAGCACUUGGAUGUUUGCUAUUUGUGACAACCGAUAGCCCAUGCAGAAACAAACAUACAUUUAUUUUAAAUAUGAAUGAACUGUACUAAACUGAUUUUCAUAUUGUC